ACCGCUGAGGCCCGGGAGCUACUACAGAGCGGGUCCCGCACGCUCCCGCGCCGCCUGUUCCCGACCUCGCCAUGGUCCGCCUGCCUCUGCAGUGUCUCCUCUUGGGCUGCUGGUUCGCCGCCGUCCACCCAGAACCACCUGCAUGCAGUGAGAAACAGUACCCCACAGAAAGCCAGUGCUGUAAUCUGUGCCCGCCAGGACAGAAACUGGUGAGUGACUGCACGGCGGUGACCGACACGGAAUGCGUCCCUUGCAGUGAAGGCGAAUUCCUGGGGACCUGGAGCAAUGAGAGGCGCUGCCAUCCGCACAGAUACUGCGACCCCAACCUCAAACUCCGGGUCCAGAGUAAAGGCACUUUGAAAACAGACACGACUUGCACGUGUGACGAAGGCCGACACUGUGUCGACGAGGUCUGUGAAAACUGCGCCCCACACAGCUCUUGCCCCCCUGGCUUUGGGGUCAAGGAGAUCGCGACAGGGGUUUCUGACACCAUCUGCGAACCCUGCCUGGUCGGCUUCUUCUCCAAUGUGUCAUCUGCUUAUGACAAGUGUCAUCCUUGGACGAGCUGUGAGAUCAAAGGCCUGGUGGAGCUACGGGCAGGGACUAACAAGACUGAUGCUGUCUGUGGUAUCAGGCAUAGGAAGAGAACCCUGGUGGUGAUCCCCAUCGUGGCAGCCCUCCUGUUGGCUCUCCUGUUGGUGCCUGUGUAUUUCUGGAAGUUGCCCAAGGUAAACUGCAAGGUAGGUCACCCCUGGGCACUGGCUCUGAAUUUGGCAAACUGCAAAGAAGAUGGACUCACUGGUGCCUUUAUGGCAGUAAAACCGAUUCAGGGUCUGCCCUGUGGCCAGUGGGGUGACAGCAGAACUGGCUGCUCUGCCUCCCGACCCCCCAGUCCCAUUCCCGGGAUCCAGAGCUCCUCCCAUCCCCUCCCUCAGCGCCAGCCUUCGUUAUCCCCAGAGCGCACUUCUCCACAGAGCUGCCCUGGCACCAUGGUCAAAGUCAGUGGCGUCAUUUGCUGUUCUUUCCUGGCAUCCAACACGUGGGGAACCACUUUGGGGCCUUGCGGAGGGGCACCUCCUUAAACCCACUGGAAGCUUCUUGACACCCUCAGUGUGGCCAGCAGGGGGCAGGAGACACCCAUGGAAUCCGCCCUGAUUGGGGAAGCAGGGGAGAGGGCUUGGGGAGCGUCCUCUUGGCGGGAGGGCUCCUCAGAGGUGUUGCUGAGCAUAACCUCACCCCUUGGCUCACCAGACCUUCCGCCCUGAGGACCCCGGGAAGGCCAAAGAGGAAGCACGGCGAGGUCCGACGGAGGUGGAGGACUCCACCGCUCCCGUGCAGGAGAC